CGAAAACUCUCCUGUCAUUCGGUAAAUAGGUCGCACCUGCCAUUUUGUUGUUUUUUGUAGGUUGUAGCAUCCAGAAAGGGCGUGAAGCGAGAAUUUCACUUACACAGAUAGAAAGAAUGAAGGAAGAAUAAUGGAUUAUAUUAUUCAGGUCAAAGAAGAGCCUAUGGAUGAAACCUAUGAAGUCAUUCAUUUAGGAACAGAACUUCAUGACAGGAGAGCUCCAGAUUUUAAUCAGGUAGAGCAGCAUUCCAUUUCUGAAAGGAAUUUGAUUAUAGAUAGCAAUGGUGACAAUGUUCUUUUUAUUGCCGAACACAUUAAAUCUGAACCAGAUAAUAAUAGCAGGGGAGGUAAUUCAGAGGACCAUGACGAAAGUAUUAGCAGCAGGAAGAAGACAAGAAUGUCAAGUUCAUUAUUAAAAAUUCUCAAUGCUAGCCCUCAACACAAUGGAACAAAUGUAACCAUGGUAACAGAUGAAACACGUGAAAUAAAUCGUAAAAGGUCUCAACCUACGUUAUAUGGGUUACUCAAUGGUACUGUUCCUCCUUUACCUCAGAAACCGGUAGUUACUGAUCAAAUUGAAAAUGACGUUCAUAUAACACACAUUACAGCACCAACGUCUGCGAAAUCAGGGAGCAGUUCUACUUUACAAAAAAUGCUUGCUUCUCCAUACAGUGGUAAGAGUCCCCUGCUGUCUUCAAUGUUAAAAACCCCUUCAAGAACUGAUUCAACCAUUGAUAAAGUUUUCUCAACCCCUACAGCUAACUCAAACCAGGUUAAUUCAGUACCAUCUAUUCAAGGUCACAGAAAUAGGUCAAACUCUACUCCAGAAUCUACAACGAAAAGGAAGCUUCCUGCUUUGUUGAAAAUAGGACCAGAUCUUCCUUUGAAGAAAAAUUCUAAUGACAGACAAAAUUUAAGCACAAUUAAUGAAUCGGCGACCAAGUUUACGGAAGCCAAUUUUACAAAGUUAAAGCCAAUAAUUGACAAAACUUUAUUGCCAGACCCCCAUCCUGACAAAAUAUUACCAACGACGUCUUCCGUUGUGAAAUGUAGUCCACAGAAUAAUGGUGUACCUGCUGGACUACAAACUGAUUUUAUUAAUAGAUGGACAGAAGUUAUUACACAGAAAGUCAUCGCAGAAUUCUCUAAAGACGUCAAUGCAACAUUGAACUCUUUUGUGAAGAAGGCUAUAAUUGACAGUAUCAAAGAUUCUUCCCCUAAUCAUCUGCCUAUUGUUCCCGCAGCCUCAUCAGCAAGUUCUGCAGACAAACAAGUACCAGGUGAGGUGAAACAAGUUUCAUCUUUAGCUAGUUGUUUAUUACAGUCUCUUGCAGAUAAAGUAAACGGAUGCGGAAUCAAGGACAUUGCUAAGGGUUUGAAUGUGGAAGAUGAUAUCAACUUAAUUAAUGUAUGUCAAAACAUUCAGAAAAGUUCACAAGAUAUUGCAAAGUUAUUAGCUUCAUCUACAGCUGCUGAACCAGACCACAGUAAUACAGUAACUGUUCGUGAACAAAUUCCAACUAAUUCACAGUCUACUGUCCAAAAACUUGAAAUAGAAAAGGAGCUUUCCAGCUAUACAAAAAACUCUGCUCCAACUGUCCCACCAGAAGAAGUGAAAAAGCUAGUUUCAAAUUUAAUAGGCACCACAAUUAAUGUAAAUCAGACAAAACCAGGAACACAUGUUCAAAAACCACCUAUUGAAUAUAUAAUAAUUCCAUCAGAAAAUGAAGCAGAGGAAUUAAAACCAGUGGAAACCAGUUCUGUCAAAUCUCAACCAGUUCCUGUGUCACCAAUAAUCACAAAUAUAAAACACAUGCAAGAUAAAGACGGUAAAUUUUUAAUCUUCUCCUGUAAGAUAUGUGGUAAACGAUUCCAACAUCAUGGCACACUGAGUGUUCAUAUGCGGACUCAUGUAAUGGAAAGCGGGACCAGUGAAUUCAAAUGUGAUAUUUGUGGUAAGCUCUGCACUGCUAAACGAUACCUUGAUAUCCACAUGAGAACACAUCAGAAAAGGGGAUCGUGUCCCAUGCUGACAAAACAUCUAGUGUGUGAAACAUGCGGGGGAGAAUUCACUAGUGAAGAAAACUUGUUGAUUCACAAACGGAUGCAUUUAGGUGAAAAAUUGUAUCAGUGUGAUGUUUGUCAAACAGGAUUCACAAGAAAGUCACAACUUUCAAUCCACAUGCGAAUCCAUUCGGGUGAAAAACCUUACACCUGUACUAUCUGUGGUAAAACUUUCCGCCAAAGUAACGGACUUAGCCUCCACCUGAAUGUUCACACUGAGGAUAAACCUUAUAAAUGUGAGAUAUGUGGGUCAGAGUUCUCACGUAAAGCUCACUACGAGAAACACAUGAGGAAGGAGCGCGGAGAAAGACCUUUUAAGUGUGAGGAAUGUGGUAAAGGAUUUACGGACAAGUUCAAUCUACGAAUGCAUACCAGAACUCACCUUAAGUCUAAACCACAUCAGUGUGAUAAAUGUGGUAAAAGUUUUGUUCAAGUUGCUUAUCUAAGGAAUCACAAGAAGUUCCACACAGGAGAGAAGGGUUUUGAUUGUCCAUACUGUCCUGAGAGGUUUGAGUUAAGAAAGGAUUCAAAGGAUCAUAUAACAGCAUUACACAAGGACAAGGAGGACAUGAGUAGAGGCAGGAGGAAUUCAGCUAAAUCAUUUAACGGUACAUACAAGGAUAUUAUGGAUGAUGAUGAUGAAGAAGAAAUAACAUCAGAGGAAGAAAGUAAAGACAACAGUGAUGAAGAGAUGGACAAAGCUGGUGCCUAUUCUGACAUGAUCAUGCAUAUAGCUACAGAUAUAGACGGGUCCCCGGAAAGUCGACAGUUCGUAACCGAGGAAGCAGACAAUUCAACAGACAUGCUUGAGUUUGUAAAUGCUAGUCAGGAUUAUACAGAUAAUUUUACCGAUACAGAUAUUAAGACUGAACCUAUAGCGUUCAACGAACUUAAAUCUAGAUUAGGUGAUAACAAAUAUAUUAACUUUGAUCCCUCUAUUGUUAAGGUAGAACCUGAAGAGAUCAUUGAUGAAUCUGCAUUAUCAGAAAACCCUGUAGUUAGUUCUAGGGUCAAUGUGGAAUUCAAUACCUUAGCGGUAAAAUGUGAACCUUUUAACUCAUAGCUGUGAAAAGCCUGCACAUGAAAGUGUUAUUGGUCCAAAAUUUUCUCUGUGCUAAGUUUCAGAAUUUUUUUAUUUUUUUUAAGAACAUAGGAUAUCAUAGGUAGAAUCAGAAUUAGUUUUUCAUAUCUUAUGUAUAAGAAUAAAUGAAAUUGAAUACUUCAGAAUAAUUAUGACAGCUGUUUGAUAAUGUUGGUUUCAGUAAUGUUAAGAAAUGUCUAUGCUUCUUCUUUUUUAUUGCAACACUAGACUCUAUUAAUCUUACUAGAGAUAAAAUUUUUCUACUUUUAGUUCAAAUUUUGAUUUAAACAUCUUCGAAUUCAUAUUGUCAUGGGAUUGAAAACAUAAACAAACAAUGUACAAGUUAACAUUGUUUCUGAUAUUUUUGAAAAUUUUACCGUGCACAAAAUUGGAAAACUAAUUUGUCAUAUUUUUAAACAAAGGGAUAAUUCACUGGUCAAUCAGAUCACCAAAUCUUUCUGUUUUAAUUUAUUUUGUUUCAUUUAGUUCUGAUAUUUGACUCUAAGUUUAACUUUAUAGUAGGUCUUAAACAUAAAGUUUCAUAACUUAAAUGUUUGUAUUAGACAUUAUUGUGUGCAUUUAUUAUUGAGAUUUUUCACAAGUGGUAAAAAAUGCAAUUGAAAUUAUGAGAUACUCACCCAGUCAGAUGUUUGCAAUAUUAAAAACUUAGCCUUAAUUUCUGAAUUUAUGUAACUGUUUUCAAAAUGUAAGAAUUUACAUGAUUCAGGAGUUUUCUUCAAAAUUCUUAAAACACUAAGUUAUCAUUUAAGUAUUCAUUUAGUGCUAAAGCAGCCUAUUUGGUGGGAUUUCUCGCUGUGUUGUAGACUCAUAGAUGGCCUUGUGCUGUGUCUUUCUGACACUCCUCAUUUCUAUUCUCAAUUUUAUUGAUUGAAAAAUAGUGUCUGAGAAAAUGUUCAAAUCAGAAACUUUUUAAUCUUAAUAAGGUUAUUACUAUAAGUAUUAACUUUUUAAAGAUCAGUCUCAAAAAUACAAAUAAGACACUUAUUUGAAAUGUGUUAAAUUUGAAAAUUUUGAAAAUUGCACAAGGAGGAUAUUAUUUUGCUUCUGUUUUCAUUUGGAAUACAUAUUUUCAUUUACAGUACAAAUGUACGGUAAAGAAAUUGUAAGAUGGUGUUCAGACCUGCAUUUUUAUAUGGAUGUGCAAUUGACUAUAUUUAUGUACUAUAUUUAGUUCUAUAUUGUUGAAGAAAUUAUACAAUAUUUUUUUCUCUGUACUAUUACAUGAUGUUUCAAUGAAUUUGAAAUCUUUGUUUUCUUUAUAGUUUUGUUUGAAAGUAUUUUUGUUUGAUUUAGCUAUAAAAACCUGAUGAGAUAUA